UGCUUCUCUCAUUCCUUUACCCCUGGGAAGGCUCGAGAAGACAUCAAGGACGGUGGGAAAAUUCUGAUGCCACCCUCGGCCUUAGAACACUUAACUAGGCUUAAUGCUCAAAAUCCGAUGACCUUUAAAUUGACCAAUCCUGCGGCAAACAGAAGCACUCACUGUGGUGUUCUUGAAUUCGUUGCCGAUGAGGGCAGGAUCUACGUUCCUUAUUGGAUGUUGCAGAACCUCUGUCUAGAGGAAGGCGAUGUAGUUCAUGUUAAAAGCAUCGUCCUGCCUGUGGCCACCUUCGCCAAAUUUCAACCACAGUCUGAGUCCUUCCUGGACAUAUCCAAUCCGAAAGCCGUAUUGGAAUAUGCUUUGAGGAAGUUUGCUUGCCUCACUGUCGACGACAUGCUGGCCAUCACCUACAACGACACGAAGUACGAACUCAAGGUCCUGGAGUUGCAGCCGGCCCGAGCUGUUCGGAUUAUAGAAUGCGACAUGAGCGUAAGGGCCUUUUUCCUUCAUUCAAUAAGCUCCUCUUCGUAG